CGACAACAACGUGCGCUGCUGAAAUGUAUUUUGGACAAAAUCCGUUCGCUUCUCCACACAAUUCCUGUUUGCAUUCACAAUUCCCGCUACUAUUCGACUCACUUCACUUCACCCACGAGCAGAAUGUCAAUGUUCUUCUUUCGCUUGCAUAAUCUCCAGCGCGCCGAGGAGAACAAGCGCAAGAAGCGCGUGGAGCAACAGCGUCAACAGCAGCGCCAGCGUCGAGGCGCCAAGGUCUUCAAAUGUGUCAGCGACUCAACUGGCCACCUGACGCUGGCGCCAUCUCGACUCUUCGAGCGCACGCCAAUGAGUCCAUCCGACAGCCUGGACGAGAUUGCGCUCCAAAUACCAAGAGUGCGUGUGGAGUACUAUGUGAAUGAAAACACAUUCAAAGAAAGACUGCAACUCUAUUUCAUUAAGAAUCAGCGUUCAAGCUUACGCAUACGAAUUGCCGAUUUAUUCCUUAAGUUACUGUCGUGUGUUCUCUACAUAAUACGUGUGAUAUUGGAUAAAAAUCCAACAUUUAUAACAUGCUAUGGCUGCGAAGUGGCCAAUAAGACAGAGUUUAUCAUCUCUGCCAAGCUGACGGAGGAGGAGUUCCAGGAGAAUCCAAUUAUCAACUGGGAUGCAAUACUCUGGGUGAAUCGACCCACGGUGCUCUGGGUGCUACAAUUACUGCUGGCCAUGGUGUCAUUAACUCAAUCUUUGGUUCUAACAUAUCUAGGUUAUAAGGGCAACAUAUGGCAGCAAAUACUCUCAUUUCACUUUAUACUAGAAUUAGUAACGACAAUACCCUUUGCACUAACGAUUGUGCAUCCGCCGCUGCGCAAUCUUUUCAUACCUAUUUUCCUGAACUGUUGGCUGGCCAAACGUUCGCUGGAGAACAUGUUUAACGAUUUGCAUCGAGCCAUGCAAAAAUCACAAUCGGCUUUGUCGCAACAGUUGACAAUAUUGUCGGCAACGUUGUUGUGCCUUGUCUUCACCAGUGUUUGCGGCAUUCAGCAUUUUCAGCGCGCCGGACAUCGUCAUUUGAAUCUGUUUCAGAGCACCUAUUACGUGGUUGUGACCUUCUCCACGGUUGGUUACGGCGAUUUAGUGCCAGAUAUUUGGCCAUCCCAGCUCUAUAUGGUCAUCAUGAUUUGUGUGGCGCUGAUUGUGCUGCCCACGCAGUUUGAGCAAUUGGCAUUCACGUGGAUGGAGCGACAGAAGUUGGGAGGCAGCUACUCAUCGCAUCGAGCGCAGAGCGAGAAACAUGUUGUGGUGUGCUCGACAACGCUGCAUGCGGACACAAUAAUGGACUUUCUCAACGAGUUCUAUGCACAUCCCCUGCUGCAGGACUUCUAUGUGGUGCUGCUUAGCCCCAUGGAACUGGACACAACGAUGCGUAUGAUAUUGCAGGUGCCCAUUUGGGCGCAGCGUGUCAUCUACAUACAGGGCUCGUGUUUGAAGGACGGCGAUUUGGCGCGAGCACGCAUGAACGAAGCGGAGGCAUGCUUCAUAUUGGCUGCUCGCAACUAUGCGGAUAAAACGGCGGCCGAUGAGCACACUAUACUUCGGUCGUGGGCCGUCAAGGACUUUGCGCCGAAUGUGCCGCAGUAUGUUCAAAUAUUUCGGCCGGAGCACAAGCUGCAUGUGAAGUUCGCCGAACACGUGGUCUGCGAGGAUGAGUUCAAGUACGCGCUGUUGGCCAACAACUGCACCUGUCCCGGCGCCAGCACCUUGGUCACCCUCCUGCUCCAUACGUCACGGGGACAAGAGGGACAACAAUCGCCGGAGGAAUGGCAUCGACUCUAUGGCAAGUGUUCGGGCAAUGAGAUCUAUCACAUUGUGCUCGGCGACAGUCGCUUCUUUGGGGAGUACGAGGGUAAAAGUUUCACCUAUGCCAGCUUUCAUUCGCAUCGCAAGUAUGGCGUGGCCUUGGUGGGCGUGCGUCCGGCUGAGCUGCCGGAAUUCUAUGAGGACACCAUACUGCUGAAUCCGGGACCCAGGCACAUUAUGAAAAAGGAUGACACGUGCUAUUAUAUGAGCAUUACCAAGGAGGAGAAUUCGGCAUUUGUCGUUAAUCAAAAUCAAACUACGGAUACAACGGCAGCCAGCAACAGAGAUGGAGGCGCCACAAGCAGCUCUGCCAUCGGAGGAGGCGGUGGCCCAGCAACUGCCAAUACAACAAUACCAACAACAAUAACAUCAACAACAAUACAAGCAACAACCAGUACAACAACAUCAACAACAACAACAGUAACAACAACAAUUAGCACGACUUUCACAUCAUCAACAUUAUUAUCAGCAUCAGCAUCAGCAUCAACAACAGCAACAGCAACAACAAUAGCAACAACAGCAACCGCUUUGAACCAAGCGGCAAUUGCACCAGUGCCGUCUGUUUGUGUUCGUGUGCCCCACAGUCCCAGUUAUGAGUCUGCCGGAGGCACGCCCCUAACCGAGCGGCAACACUUGCAACCGUAUCCGUAUUCGUAUCCGCCACCGUCACCGUCACCGUAUUCGUAUCCGCAACAACUGCUACAACAACAACAACAACAACAAACAAGUGACAGUGACUUUACAACACUAUUUGUGCCCAGCGACAACCCAACGGCUGUGAUAAUAUCGGACUCAAGGCAAAAUCUAAAGGACACAACGGUCAGUACAACGCAACUGGCAACGACGGCGGCCACAACAACGACAGCGAUAACAACAACAACGCUCCCGCUGACAAUGGGCGGAGCAAGUGGCUCAGGUAUGGGACAAGGUGGAUCCAGCAGCAGUGGAGCCAGCGGAGCAGGACCCACAUCCGGUGGCCUAGGGGUCGGCCUCAACAUGGGCACCUCGCUGAGCGUAACACCUGCCACACUGACCACAACGGGCAAUCAUCUGGACGUGCCGUAUGCCAACAAUCCCAAUCUGCUCAGUCCCGAUGUGCUCAAUCAGCGUAGAGGCAGCAGACGACCCUCGAUUUUGCCUGUCCCCGAUAUGUUUACAUCGUCGUCGUUCAGCAUUGCCGGCAACGAUGAUGGCGAGGAGGGUGACGAGAGCGACGAUGAAAUCGAUGAUGAAAUGCCCUGGCGUUCGCCUUCCGAGAAGAUUGCUUGCUUGGGCGGGCACUUUCCACAAUCGCGCACCUAUUCGCUCAUCAUGAGCUCCUCGGAGGACUCGUAUCAGCGCGGUGCUGGCUCCUGUGGCCAUUGCAAUGCCACCACCAUGGUGGGGCAAGCAUCAGCACCACAAUCACAACCACUAUCACAGCCACUUCAACCACAACCAGCAGCAGCACCACCGCAUUACGAGUGGCCAGCACCGCUGCGCAGACGCGCCAUGAAGAAGAGCUACAGCUGCGACAGCGAGUGCGCAUUGCCCACCAGCCAGCGGCUGAAUGUGGGUCUCAAUCUCGGUCUUGGCCUCGGUCUCGGUGGUCUCGGUGGCCUCGGUGGUGGCACCUGCACGUUGGCUGUGCUGGCGGCACGACGACGUCAGUUGCAACGCGCCUGCUGCAGUUGCUCGCACGAUAGCUGUGGCAGCAACAUCACAACCACCACCACCAGCACCGCAGCGGCUGCAAUGGCCACAGCUGUUGGUGGUGGUGGUGGCGUUGGCGGUGGCGGUGUCGCCUCAAUGCUCGGCCAGCCGCCAGCAUUUUCAUUCACGUCAAGCAGCUCGAUUGAGACGCGGCGUCUGGCGCGUCCCGUGUGGGCCGCCGACUAUUCCGGUAUUGUCAAAGGAUUUCCCCCAGUGUCGCCCUUCAUCGGUGUCAGUCCGACUCUCUGCUACCUGCUCAAAGAGAAGAAACCACUCUGCUGCCUGCAGUUGGCCCAGGUCUGCGAGCACUGCAGCUAUCGCAAUGCCAAGGAGUAUCAGUGGCAGAACAAGACCAUCAUUCUGGCCGCUGACUAUGCCUCGAAUGGCAUCUACAACUUCAUCAUUCCACUGCGUGCUCACUUCCGUUCGAAGACCUCAUUGAAUCCCAUCAUCUUGCUGCUCGAGCGUCGUCCCGAUGUCGCCUUUCUCGAUGCCCUUUCCUACUUCCCGCUGGUUUACUGGAUGCUUGGUUCCAUCGACUGCCUUGACGAUCUGCUGCGAGCCGGAAUCACGCUGGCCGAGAGCGUCGUUGUGGUCAACAAGGAGCUUUCCAAUUCCGCCGAGGAGGAUUCCCUUUCCGACUGCAACACAAUUGUGGCAGUGCAGAAUAUGUUCAAAUUCUUUCCGAGCAUCAAGAGCAUCACGGAGCUGUCGCAGAGCUCGAACAUGAGAUUCAUGCAGUUCCGGGCGCACGACAAAUACGCGCUGCAUCUGAGCAAAAUGGAGAAGCGCGAGAAGGAGCGCGGUUCACACAUCUCGUACAUGUUUCGUCUCCCCUUCGCCGCCGGUGCGGUCUUCAGUGCCUCGAUGCUGGACACUCUGCUCUAUCAGGCGUUUGUCAAGGAUUAUGUGAUUACCUUUGUGCGCCUGCUGCUGGGCAUUGAUCAGGCUCCAGGCAGCGGAUUUCUCACCUCGAUGCGCAUCACGAAAGACGAUAUGUGGAUACGCACCUAUGGGCGAUUGUAUCAGAAACUCUGUUCGACCACCUGCGAAAUACCCAUUGGCAUUUAUCGCACACAGGACACCUCGAAUGCGGACACAUCACAUUAUGAUGAGGAGACUGGCACCCCAGAUUCGACAAAGGACAGCACGGAAAUGCUGCGAGGUGUUACGUAUCGACCGCCGUCGUCAGGUGGCGCCACAGGCACAGGCAGUUACCGUCCCCGUCAGAAGUCGGUCAACUGUCUCGGUGGCUGCUCGGAGCGGAAGGGAUCAUCCUACUCGAUCAAUUUGGCCGACGAGGCACGCGAUAAUCAUGCCCAGCAGAUCGAGCGAGCGGAAAUCGCGAAUCUGGUGCGCAGUCGCAUGGAGUCAUUGAAUCUGCCCACCAUCGAUUACGACGAUGUCAGCGAGAAGCGCAAUCAUCUGUCCUAUGUGAUAAUCAAUCCGAGCUGUGAUCUGAAGCUGGAGGAGGGCGAUCUCAUCUAUUUGGUGCGACCUUCACCGUUUUCGGCCCAAAAGACAUUCGAACGCCACAAUUCGAGGCGCAAGUCGAACAUCUCGUUCUGUUCGAACAUCAACUUGGGAGCCACAUGCGGUCCACAAAUGCCAAAUAUGCCCAACACCGCCGUCGGAGCUGGUUCGCGUCGCGGCUCCGGCAUCGCCGGUUUGAACCCCAUGCAAAUGCAGAGCGUUCAGACAUUGGCCGGGUAUGGAUCAUCGCAGCGCUGUACGCCCCCGAUGCAGCAAAUUAAAUCGAAUUCUCUUUCUCUACCCGACAGUCCGACGGUGGUUGGCUCACAGCGCGGCAGGAGUAACUCAUUGCGGAUCGACAACGACAUUCUGUUGCGUCGCUCCUCCUCGCUGCGUCAGGGAUUGCCCAGUGUUGGGGUUAGUCAUGGCAGACGCAAGUCAUCGCUGGAGGAGAUCGGCAUCAGUCACUUCACAACGCUCAUGCAGGCAACGAAUCACAGUAAUCCCAUCAAGAUUUCCCUCAACGGCAGCAUCGGCAUGGAGAAUCAAAUUUCAUUGCAGGUCACGCCGCCAGAGGAGCCCACGCCCAUGUUGGGUGUCCCCUGUGUCCUGGGAGGCGGCGGUGUCGGUGGCAUCAAUCCCUCAGCGCUGGGCGGCAGCUCAAGCGGCGGCAUGCUGGGUGCCAGCUCAUCGCUGGCCAUCAACACCGCAGAUCUUGGACCGGGACCGAGCACGUCGUCGGGUGCCACGCUGCAGGCGCAGGAUUCGCUGCCGCAGUCGUCGCAGGUGUCGUCGCCGCAGCAUCUGCAGGGCACAAUUGUAUGAUACAACCUUAUGUGGGGUCGCCGACUCCGCUCAUCGAUGUCGAAGAACAAGUGGAUAUAGAAUACGGCCAGCACACACAGACGUAGAGAUAAGUUCUAGGUGGCAACUUGUAUAAUGUUAGGGCUAACUGCUGUACAACCCCCAGUCCAAUGCUAAUUAGAUUCAAAAUAUUCUAUGAACGAGCUAACGAUGGUUGCGUGACACGACUUAGGAAUUGAUACAAACACGAAACGAAAGGAAAAUCAAGUUGAAUUUUAAUUCAAAUCAUUCAGUCAGAUUUUUUUUCAUUUAUCCACUAAUUACCCUUUUAUCGUGUCACGCUUCCAUCUCAAUGCUAAUUAGAUUAUAAACAUUGUAUGAACGAGCUAGCGAUGGUUGCGUGACUCGACUUAGGAAUUGAUACAAACACGAAACGAAAGGAAAAUCAAAUUUAAUGUUAAUUCAAAUCAUUCAGUCAGAUUUUUAUUCAUUUAUCCAUUAAUUACCCUUUUAUCGUGUCACGCUUCCAUCUCUAAGCUAAUGAGCUAAUAUGAUAUAUUUACCUAUCCAACCCACCCGAUAGCAGUCAGUGUAGCCUGUCAGUGUCUGUGGUGUGUGUCUCAGCUAAUGUGUUAAUUCUAGUAUCUACGCCUGUAGAGGCGUGUCCCCGCACCCCCGCUCCACCAAUUUCCCAUUUAUUUAUUUUGCGUAAAUAGCCAAGUGAAGCGUAGCCUUUAUAAUACAAUAUCCAUAGGGUGUGGUCUCGAGACGAUAAUAAUAACAAUAAUGAUAAUGAUAAAGAUGAUGAUUAUCAUUUUGCUUAUUACAAAACUAUGCCUAAUAAGUAUAUGAGUAGCAAUAAAUUGUAUUCGAAAUUCGUUCGGUAUGCUUUAUAUUCAAAUGAGGCAAUUGUGUUUUUGGGAACAACAAAGUAGUUAAACUAUUGGCAUAUGAAUGAGGUAUUAACCAAUUAGCUAGCUGUACAUAUGCACAUACAUCACCCAUGUAUGUAUGUGUAUUUAGUUGAUAAUGCAUUCAAAAUAGUUUUUAAUCAAAAGUCGAUUCAUUUCUAGCAUAUCUCUAAUGACAAUUAGCUGCCCCCUGAACAAAAUAGGCUCAACAUUAAAUUCAAGGGCAUUAAAUAAAUUUAAAAAAAAAAGAAAGGCUUUUUAGCUAAAAAAAAAAUAAGAUUAUAUUAUACUAUGUAUAUAACUUAGUUAUAGGCAUAUUAUUAUAUUGAUCCAUUUGUUAUUGACUUUAUUUAAGAUUAUUAUGCAAUAUUUAUUAAAUACAAUUCUCACAGCAACUUCCUUAGGUUUCAUAUGUUGCACAGUUAUCACAGUUUGAUAUUUUCCCUUUAUUACUUUUAAGAAAGGUGCUAUCAAUGUUUUCGUACCACACAUCACCAAAAUUCUGUUCUUUUUUUUUGGAAUAUAAUAUGUAUAACUUGAAAAUGUGUCGAGAAAAACGGUUUUCAGAACGGCUUUGGUAUACUCUAAUGCUUUACGAAACAACAACAAAGUAUAUAAAAAAAAAACAAA